GAAGCGGGAUUGUUGUUAUCCUACCGUGCUGCUCGUCUACCGGUAUGCAAGCUUAUGUUUUGAAUUAACAGUCUUUAUAUCAGUGGUUUUGGUAAUUUUUAUAAUGCGUUUGAAGCACCAAAAGCUACAAAUGUGUGACAAUUUAAAAGGAAGUGUUUCUUUCUGAGCCAAGUUAGCAUUUAGGCUAGCUAAACAUAGCCAUAGCAUUAUCGACUCUCCACAGAGUGACGUUAUGCAACAGAGAAAAGCCUCUAAAAAACGUCAAGGUUUUCAUCGAGCAGCACCCCUUCCGCCUGCAUCAUGACCGAGAGAGCCAGCAAAGACAAACCCAGGCGAAGUUUGUCAUUGUCGAAGAGCAAGAAGAAAGGCAACGUCAGUGCUGGGACUUCUGCCAGUGCUGCCACCACAACUCCCAUCACCUCGUUCUUCAGCAGCCAGCCUCCACCCAAGCUGGCCUGCCCCCUGUGUGGCCAGUUCGUACCAAGAUUCAAGAUCAAUGAGCACAUUGAUUUUCAAUGUCAGAACUUUGAGAGAGGAGACAGCAGUGCCGCCUCAGCAAGUAAUAGUGUUGUGCCAAGCACCCAGCUGUCACCCAGGAGGAAGCCCCCAAAGUCCCCAGAGCUGGAUCCAAAAAAGGAAGACGAGGUUAAAGAGACCGAGACCAGCCCUUAUUUUAAAAAGAAUAACUCUCAGCAGGCACCACGGGAGAUAAAAAAUAAAAGUGUGGUCAGGACAAUUGACCUGGGAAGUCUCUCCUCCAAGUUAUCCAGGAAAUGUCAGAAGGCACCUAAGAAGACACAGAAGGAACAUGAACAUGCACCGUUGUGUCCUGAAAAGGAGGAAUAUUCCUCUGACACACUCAGCAGCUCACAGAAAGAAAAUCAUCUGAUUCAGAGUUUAGAAGACACAAACAACAGUGUGACAGUCAUUGACCUGACAGAAACCAGUGCCGACACUCCAACAGCAGUGAAAGAUCUAUCAGACAAAGGACUUAAACACAAAGCAUCUAAAUCAACUCCCCAAAAAGUGGUUACUUCAAACCUGCCCUCCUCUUCCUCCAAACUAUCAAAAAGAAAGAAGAGACCAACUUUCACUGGAAGGGGGUCUGAUUUCAGAAAAAAAGCCAAAUUUGAGGGGAGCAGCAGGGAGCCACAGGAGGUGCUGUCUAGUGAUAAUAUAGCAGACAUGACUAAUACCCACCACCUUGAAACUGAGGUACCCUCUACCACUACUUUUGACCCCCCUCUGAGUUCAGAGGAAACACAUGAGAAAAGUGCUGCAGCAAUCAAUAGUGAUUUAGUGGCAGAGUCUGGUGCUGACAACACCACCAGUCACCAGGCUGUCGAGAGCUCUUAUCCCCAACGGCUUCCCUACUACCUCCGUAACUUCCGGACCGUACUGCAAGCUGUCCUUGAGAAUGAGGAUGACAGGUCAUUGUUUAAUGAGGAGGAUAUGUCAUUCGUCCAUGCAUUUGAGAAAGUCUCAGUCAUGGGGCAGAAGCUGUAUGUGAGACUCUUCCAGAGGAAACUGAAGUGGCUGCAAGUAAAUAAGCUGGAUUAUGAGGAGAUAUGCAGUGAUCUGGGACCUGUCGCGCAGGAGCUGGUUCAAAGUGGUCUUCUACAGUCAGAGAGCGACCUUCAGGACUUGGGGGAGGCUCUGGAUCUCCUGCCUGCUCCUGAACUUAAAUCUCUGGCAAAGACUUUCCAUCUGGGCAACUCUGGGACUCAGAAACAGCAGCUAGUGGAUGGACUCCUCCGUCUGAGCAGGCAAAAGUCCCUCUUCUCUCUGACCCCUGCUCAAAACAACAUUGGGGCUGUCAUCCUCAAAAGGGCAAAGCAGCUUGCGAGUUCCUGUGUGCGCCUGUGUCGCGGUCCUCGGGCAGUCUUCUCUCGCAUCCUUCUCCUCUUCUCUCUGACGGACACCAUGGAUGAGGAGGAGAUGGCGGCUGGUGGGCAGAACCAGCUCUUCACCAUCCUGCUGGUUAACUCAGGACGCCUGGCCUUCCCAGACUACACAGUGCAGCGUGGAGUCAAGGUUUUCCAGGACAGAGAGGAUCUUAUCAGAUAUGAAGCAUCCAUGCGAGCCCUGCUGGAGGUGGUCUUGGCUAUGCAGGGGGGUCAGUGGGAAGAGGCCAUGGAGCUUUACACUGCUGCCAAAAGUGCCUGGCAGGAGCUGAGGGAAAACCAUGACCUCAGUCACCACGAGGAGCUGCCUGUCUUCCUGCGCAGCUUCACUGCAGGAUGGGCUUACACUCGGAUCUUAUCCAGAGGGGUGGAGAUCUUGCAGAGGCUACGGCGCUAUGAGGAGGCAGUGGAGGAGCUGCGGUCUUUAUUGUUGCAGUUUGUUUACUGUCCCGACAGCCGAGGACGAUGGUGGGACAGACUGGCACUAAACCUUCACCAGCACCUAAAAAAACCUGAGCAAGCUAUUUGUGCGAUCAGAGAGGGGCUGUCAGAUCCUUUGGUGCGAACUGGACAUAAACUCUCUCUUCAUCAGAGAGCUGUGAGGAUGAAAGAGUCUGCCAGCAUGAAAAAGUAUCGCCUGCAACUAAAAGAUCUGCCCACUAUCCAAGUCCAAGAUGUCACACAUGUGACUAUCCGGGGACAGCUGUUCCCUCAUGAGGGGGGCAUGGGUAAAUCCAGGUUUCUUAUAACAGUAAAUGGAGAAGGGGAAGAGAGUGCCGAUGCCACUGUAAUAUGCUCUGUGGAAGAACUGUCUUUAGCACAUUACCGCCAGCAAGGCUUUGAUCAAGGGAUCCACGGAGAGGGCUCAACAUUCUCAACACUGUUUGGUCUCCUGCUGUGGGACAUCAUUUUUAUGGAGGGUAUUCCAGAUGUUUUUAGAAAUCCAUACCAGACAUGUCCGCUGGAUUUUUACACUGACUGUUUCUACGAGAACAGAAAAGAGGCGAUCGACGCUCGUGUGCAGUUGCUCAGCGAAUCGUCUGUGGAGACUCUGCACGUCAUGUUGGAAGAUGUCUGGACGUCCCAGGAGGGUAAAGUGUGUUCACUGGUCAACUGGGAGCGUUUCUCGUCCCUUCAACAGGCACAGUCUCUUGUGUCAUGCCUGGGUGGACCCUUCCUAGGAGGGGUAAUAGCACGGAUGUCUAAAGACUACAGACACUGCCGUGGAGGUUUGCCUGAUCUAGUGGUGUGGAACACCUCAAACAACAGCUACAAGCUGGUGGAGGUGAAGGGGCCCAAUGACCGGCUGUCCCAGAAGCAACAGAUAUGGCUGGACGAGCUGCAGAAGUUGGGGGCUGAUGUGGAGGUGUGUCACGUGACGGCUACUGGAGCCAGAGGAGCUCGUCUGGAAUAAACAGCGACACCGAAGAACUGACUGAUAAGACUUUGCUGCUAUUAAUCAGAGUGUGGUCAAAAUGGAAACAUCAGCAGAAAAAAAAUAUGAGGGAGCUUUUUCUGUUUCUGGUCAUCUCAAACGGAUGUUGAUGUUUAUCUCAAAAACUCAAUCAAUCUUUCAUAUAUUUCAAAUUUAUCCUAUUAUUGAGUACAGGGAGUCUGGUAGUAGGGAGUGUGCCUUGUGACAUGUGGCAAUAACAUUGGGGAAAACACUGCGUUUAAUAGGAAUCAGUGCAUCAUGAGAUGAAGAUCAUCAGCGAGAACUGCCAGGAUCAGAAAUAGCUUGCCCACAGAUAAUCAGAGCUGAUGCAUGACAAGAAACGCAUCCAACAACCACAUCAAACCGAUGGUGUUUCCUUUUCUUUGGCAACACUACAUUCUCAGGAUCUUGGGUUGCCAAGCAACGAAAACUCACAUUUAGUUGGCUGCUUAUGAAUUGUAUGACAGCUCUACGAGUUUGUUAUGCAAGUAAUUACUGUGAUAAUAUGCCUAUAAAUAUGCUGCUCUUACACUACUCUUACUCGACCAGAAAAAUGGCAGAGGGCUGCAAAAAAUGAGUAUUUUCAUUAUAGAUUAAGUUUCUUUUUGCAUUCUUUAUUAACUGAGUAUUGUUGUGGUGUCAGACAAUGGGUUCCUAGAGCCCAAUUUGUCAUCACAUUUCAUGUUUGGUCUGAAACAAAAGUAUUCAGUGUACGUCAACCAAUACACUGGAUGAAGAAAAGCUGCAAAUUAUCACAAUUUAGAAGCUGGAAGGUGGGUGUUUUAGCAUGUUUGUUUUAUAAAUGACUCAAAUUAUAAAUUGAUUAUCAAACUGGCUGCUAAUUAUUAUGUAUUGGUAUGUAAGAGAUGUGAUACUGAGCUGUCUUGGGAUGCAAAAUGUGAGAGCUGAUGUGGACA